GCUACCCUUCAGAGGUGUUUGCUUAUAGACAAGCAACUGAUCUCCCUGCAGCAAACACUGGUCCUAACGAUACAUUAUCAACGAGUAGUAAACAUGGAGCUUGAUGUUACAUAUACCUUUGACAACAGUACUGACAACAUGUCGGAGGAGUCUGGAGACUUUGACCUGGACUUCCAGGAGCCAUGUGGCAGAGUACUCAGCAGUGAAUUCAACAAGAUCUUCCUACCAACAGUUUAUGGAAUUAUAUUUAUUCUGGGAGUCAUUGGCAAUGGAUUGGUCGUUGUUGUCAUGGGCUACCAGAAAAAGGUCAAGACGAUGACGGACAAGUACCGGCUUCAUCUCUCCGUGGCUGACCUCCUGUUCGUCCUCACCCUGCCCUUCUGGGCCGUUGAUGCCGCCAAAUCCUGGUACUUUGGGGGUUUCCUCUGUGUGUCUGUGCACAUGAUCUACACAGUGAACCUGUACAGCAGCGUGUUGAUCUUGGCCUUCAUCAGUCUGGACAGAUACUUGGCAGUUGUGCGAGCCACCAACAGCCAAGCCACAAGGAAGCUGCUUGCAAGCAGAGUGAUCUAUGUGGGUGUGUGGCUGCCUGCCGCUGUUCUGACUGUACCUGACCUGGUGUUUGCCAGGGUGCAGGACAAAGACUCUUCAAACUUCCACAUUUUUGACGAAAGCAUGGAGACUGGAGACUCAUUGGAGAGGAUCAUCUGCCAGCGCAUCUACCCGCAGACAACCAGUCUCAUAUGGACAGUCGUUUUCCGCUUCCAGCACAUCCUGGUGGGCUUCAUACUGCCUGGUCUGGUCAUCCUUGUCUGCUAUUGCAUCAUCAUCGCCAAGCUGUCGAAAGGCGCCAAGGGCCAGGCUCUGAAGAAGAAAGCGCUGAAGACCACCGUCAUCCUCAUCCUUUGUUUUUUCUCCUGCUGGCUGCCCUACUGUGUUGGAAUCUUUUUGGACAAUCUGAUGAUGCUGAACGUGGUCCCUCAGUCUUGCGAGUUGCAACAAGCGGUGGAGACGUGGAUUUCUAUCACAGAGGCGCUGGCCUAUUUUCACUGCUGCCUCAACCCCAUCCUCUAUGCCUUCCUGGGAGUUAAGUUCAAGAAAUCAGCAAAGAGUGCCCUGACAGCCAGCAGCAGAUCAAGUCAGAAAGUGACUCUCAUGACAAAAAAGAGAGGGCCAAUUUCAUCGGUGUCAACUGAGUCCGAGUCCUCAAGUGUUUUGUCAAGUUAACAAACAUUUGAACUCAGAAUCUGUGACUUCAUAACCUGAAGAGGAAAGAAAACUAAGCUUAAAUUUUAAAGAAAUUACUACAUUUUGUACAGAUG